AAACUAAUUAUUUAGAGCGCGAAUGGCUUCAAAGUUCAAACCAAUUAUUUGGAGUGAGGGACCGUGCAAAAGAUUGGAGCGCCACGAUGGCGUGAUUCAGAGAGAGAGGAUCGCCACAACGGAUGGAGAGAGACAUCUAGAGCAGAGGGGAUAGCUCCAACGGAAAGAGAGAGAGAGAUAAGCAUUGGAGAAAGCCAGUACAGCAAGCGUCUGAUAAGUCUAGAGCGCCACAUGCAUCACCAUUUCGAUCAGCCGCAUAAUCCCUAAUUUGGGCUUGGAGCCCACCAGCACACAUUCAACUCAGGGUUUCAGGGUUAGAGGGGGUGAGGGAGAGGAACACAGAGUCAUUUAUGAAGGUAUAAAAGGAAGCGGCUCGCACAACUCUUCAAAGGCAGACGGAACCCAUUGCCUCCUUCAAUAGAGAUUAGAGAUCCUGCCCCUCUCUCUCUCUCUCUCUCUCUGGGGAAGGCGAUGAAGAACGAGGAAAUGAGUCGGGAACGAAGCUUCAACUUUGAGACCGACGAUGAAGAAAACCAGGCGGAUACGAUGGGCAAUGAAGACUAUGAAUCUGAUGGCUCCGAUAUGUCAUCCACUCGCCAGUCGUCUGGCCACGGCCGAAGCUCCUAUGACUGCAAUACGUCCUGGCCACAGAGCUACAAGCAAUCAAUGGACAUAUUCAGUAGCGUGACGCCACCAAGCCUCACUAUCCUUGCUGGCUCAAGCUUAAUAAGAGCAGGAAGUUCCUUUUGGUCUUCUUCUUCAGUUCACAGGAGACACCCCCCUCUAGAAAUCAACUAUCCUUCCACUGAACCCCUCAUUUCUACUGCCUCAGAAAAGGAACAGCUCACAUCCCCUCAUCCACAAACCAAGCAAUCCUUCUAUGACCCACACGGCAUUGUUCUUUCACAACAAUGUUCCUACUCUCAGGCCGUUAUCAAUGGGAUCAAUGUUCUUUGUGGGGUGGGAGUUCUCUCCACACCUUAUGCCGUCAAAGAGGGAGGGUGGUUAGGGCUAUUGGUGCUUUUGUCAUUUGCCCUCAUAUCUUGUUACACUGGGGUUUUGCUGAAGAGAUGCUUGGAAAGCAAACCAGGCCUCCAUACUUAUCCAGAUAUUGGGCAGGCUGCAUUUGGCAAAGUGGGCCGCUUAGGUAUAUCUAUAAUCUUAUAUGCAGAAUUAUAUGCUUGCUGUGUAGAAUAUGUAAUCCUGGAGAGCGAUAACCUAAAUUCUUUAUUUCCAAAUGCCCACUUAAAUUUAGCUGGAUAUCAGCUCAGUUCACAUCAACUUUUCGCCAUUAUAACAACCCUUGCAGUGCUUCCUACAGUUUGGCUUCGUGACUUAAGUGUUCUCUCUUACAUUUCAGCUGGAGGAGUUAUUGCAUCUCUACUUGUUGUGAUUUGCUUGAUAUGGGUGGGUGUGGUGGAUGGGGUGGGGUUUCAUCAUGGUGGUACCUCAUUGAACCUUAGUGGCCUUCCUGUAGCCAUUGGGUUAUAUGGUUUUUGCUAUUCGGGACAUGCUGUUUACCCGAAUAUAUAUUCGUCCAUGAAGAAUCCAAGUCAAUUCCCUGCCGUUUUGCUAACCAGUUCUGUAGCAUGUACAAUUUUAUAUGCUGGAGUUGCUAUAAUGGGUUAUAUGAUGUUUGGAGAAAGCAUCAAUUCUCAAUUUACUCUCAACAUGCCUCAACAAUUCUUUGCUUCCAAAGUUGGGGUUUGGACCACGGUUGUGAACCCAUUUACAAAGUAUGCCUUGACAAUCACACCAGUGGCACUUAGUUUGGAGGAGCUUUUGCCUGCAUCUCAUCUCAAGUACCACUUCUUCUCAAUAGUGAUUAGAACAGGGUUGGUGCUCUCUACUCUGAUUGUGGCACUUGCAGUUCCUUUCUUUGGUUUUGUGAUGGCGUUCAUUGGAUCUGUCCUUACCAUGCUAGUUGCUCUUAUCCUUCCUUGUGCUUGCUACCUGAGCAUCCUUGGCAGCAAUGUGACUUUAUUACAGCGGUUCAUAUGCAUGCUUGUUAUUGUGGUUGGCGUGGUAUGCGCUUGCAUUGGGUCUUACUCAGCAAUUGGGAAAAUAAGUGAAGGUAUCAAAUAAAACAACCAUCUCAACAAAUUCUCAUCCAAUUUUGAUGCUCAAGAACCAUCGAUUAAGUGGUGGUUUGUCUUAAAUAUGAAGUAGAUUCAAGAAUACUGGCACAACGAUGGGGAAACUGCAUAAUUCUUUUGUGGUUUAUGUUGAAGGACCCAAGAAUCACUCCUCGGUCCAAAUUCAUUGUACAAUGCAUUACUUUUGUUUUAAUAUUUUCUCUGAUUUCUCGUAGAGAAGGAAGAAAUAACCAAGUCCCAUGUUCAUCUGAUACUGCUAGAAAUCAUGGAAGAUGAAUUAAGCUGUGUUCUUUUAACAUGAAAUAAGGAGGAAAUAACCAAGUCGUAGCUCUUAGGAUAUCAUGUUUCUGGAGACUUGGGCCUAGCAAACAUAUUGUUUGGUAACUUCUUUGGGUUCUUAAGAAUUGCAGUAUCCCUUCUUUGA